AUGGUUGAACGAGCAUCCACCACCGUGAGUUCGACAACGUCGAGCGCGUGGGCGCCGGGACACGCGUGGUCCCAGUAUUGCAGCCCAUCUGCUGGUUCCACGCUGGCCGCCCUGAUGCCGUCCGCCCUGCACAGGGGCCCCCUGCGAAUAUCGCCGGUCAAGUCCGAGCCGUAUGACAUGGCCGCCGACAUACCACCGUCUAUAAAACGGCGGCGGCUGAGUCUGUGCGUGGGCUGCGGCGGUGCGAUCAACGACCAAUACAUACUGAAGGUCGCUCCGGACUUGGAGUGGCACGCGGCUUGCCUCAAGUGUGCCGAGUGCCAUCAAUUUUUGGAUGAACAUUGUACCUGUUUCGUGAGGGACGGGAAAACCUAUUGUAAAUUAGAUUAUGUCAGAUUAUUUGGCACCAAAUGUGAUAAGUGCAACCUGAGCUUCGACCGAACCGAACUCGUAAUGAGGGCCAAGACUAAAGUUUAUCACAUGGAGUGCUUCAGGUGCAACGCGUGCAGCAGGCAGCUCAUACCCGGCGACGAGUUCGCGUUGCGCGACGACACGCUGCUGUGCAAACAGGACCACGACCAUCAUCCGGGCGUGAACGGUGGCGGAGGCGGCGGUGGCGGUGGCGGCGGUGGUGGCGGCGGCGGCGGUGGUGGUGGCGCCAAGAGUAAAAUAGCCGCUCAGCUACAGCAGAGUAACGAGAAUAACAACAACAACACUGCGCUGGCCGACCACAACACUAGCAGCACCAACUCGUUGCACCACAAUGAAGGGUCGAACUCUGACUCGUCAGAAUCGGGUUCGAACAAGUGUUCGGGCCGGACCGGAUCGGAUGGUCCGGGCAACAGCCGGCUGGGGUCGGCGGGCAAAGGCUCGUCGGACGGCAAACCGACCCGCGUCCGGACCGUGCUCAACGAGAAGCAGCUGCACACGUUGCGGACGUGCUACUCGGCCAACCCGCGGCCGGACGCCCUCAUGAAGGAACAACUGGUCGAGAUGACCGGACUUAGCCCGCGGGUCAUACGUGUGUGGUUCCAAAAUAAACGGUGCAAGGACAAGAAACGCGCCAUCGCACUCAAACAGCAAAUACAACAAGACAAAGAUGGUAGAAAAAUGGGCUACGGUAGCAUGCAGGGUAUACCAAUGGUGGCGUCGAGCCCGGUGCGGCACGAUAGUCCGCUGGGCAUGAACCAGAUCGAUGUGCAGAGCUUCCAGCCGCCAUGGAAGGCGCUGUCCGAGUUUGCGUUACAUUCGGACCUCGACCGGGUGGACACAAGUCAACCUCAUUUCCAGCAGCUCGUCAAUCAGAUGCACGGUUACGACAUUCACGGUCCACCACCACCCAUGACCAGGUUGGACAUAGACCCUGGUCCCGUGGACAUGAUGCAUCCGGAUUCAACCGACUCGUUCGUCACGUACCUAGAGAGCGACGACAGCCUUCACAAUGACACGUCGAGUCCCUAA